CUGAGCCGCUGAAGCUGCAGUGGAAAUCCACACCUCCUGAUGAGCCAAUUGUACAACGAGGACUUCGUUAAUAGGACAAGAUCAGAACUCAGAGUCUGAGACUGUAGGACGAAGAAGAUGCUUCUCGAUAGCUAGAGAAGAACCUCCACAAUUGCAAUUUGACCCAGAUCGACUUUUAGUCGCAGGAUUAUGAUGAUUCUCUUCCAAAUAGGCCAAAGGGUCUGACCGGUCCCAUUUUAGCACUCUCAUCAUACGUUAUCCUCUCUCGGUGACAGCUCGAGCUGUCGUGACCUACUCCUCCAUCCAACUAACCUAAUGGUGGUCCAUGGAGUGAGCGAGGCUCGUCGCAGAGUCUCGUUCACAGCCAUUAGCAUCAUCAGCUGGUGUUCGUUCAAUGGUCUCCGAGGACCUCGGCGACAAGCCGUCAUCCGCCGAGCCUGUCAAAUUCUGGCCGUCUCCAAAGUGAAACAUUCUGCAAAUCAUCAAUCUGUGUGCCCGAAAGUCUGUGGCAUAAUCAUGUCUCUCUCUUGCUCUCAAACCAACUUACAGCGACCUCAUGCUGUCAUUCUCAGACGUUUGGCUUCACCACCGAGGCCAAUUCGUUGUUGGAUCGUGGCCUCAAGCAGUGAGGGUCGAGGCUUGCCAAGUGAUCUGUUCCCGGGCAUUGGGCAACCUUAAGAAUGAAUGGAGCUCCCCGUGGGGCUUGCCCCGCAGCCACAGGUGCUGGAUGAGCGAACGUGCAGGGUUUGGAGGUUUCUACUUGUCAGACCAAAGCUUCGACAUGUUGUCGUGCUUUCGAACUGUGCACUUUGCAUUACACAAGGAUCGUAUCACACCGAUCCAGCAAACCACAGUUCAUUUGUUGCCUUGUUCAUCCGUACGGACAACAUCGUUGGUACUAAUGAUCGAAGCCUGCCCUCGUUUCUUGGUGCCAAUAAGUCACGAUCACUGUUCGCUUGGACGUUUGUUUGAACAUGGCAUCUGUGUAUUAUUUUAUACUCUACAACGCAUAAUAGUAACUCAAUUGAAAAUGCGUGCAAGUUCAUGCUUGUAAUCUUCUUAUCCUGGGACAUGCACGAUAUAGAGUUUUUUUUGUUCCUGUUAUCGCCUCGAAGUUUC